AUGAGGAUAGUGCAUUGGUUGCUGAAGGGCUGGGGUUCAGACCCAACCCCGGCCCAGACUCUGGCUACGGCUCCCAGACAGCUUGAGCAUUUCUCCAAGCUUUUGCCAUUGCCGCUCUCCAUGAAGCAGUUCCUGCACUUCGGUUCUAGAAAUGCUUGUGAGAAGACGUCCUUUGCAUUUCUACAACAAGAACUUCCAGUGUGGCUUUCCAAUAUCAUGAAGGAAAUCAAUCUGCUUCAGGAUAAUUUGCUGGGAACUCCAUCUGUUCAAACUGUUCAAAGUUGGUAUGUGCAAAGUCCCGAAAUUCUGGAGUUUUUGGGUAAAAGCCCUGAUAAUUACAGAGUUUUGUCAGACUUCUUGGAUACACUGAGCAUUUGAAAUCGACACAAUGAUGUCGUCCCAACUAUGGCCCAGGGAGUCAUAGAGUAUAAAAAGGGAUUUGGGGUGGAUCCCAUAACUAAUCAGAAUGUGCAAUACUUUUUAGACCGAUUCUAUUUGAGCUGAAUCUCUAUCCGCAUGCUCAUCAACCAGCACACCCUUAUUUUUGAUGGCCGACAUAAUCCAGCCCAUCCCAAACACAUAGGUAGCAUUGACCCUAACUGCUAUGUGGUAGAAGUGGUGAAAGAUGCCUGUGAAAGUGCAAAAAUGCUUUGUGAUCAGUAUUACAUGACUUCUCCUGAGGUGAUGAUUAAUCAAUCUAAUGGAAAAGCCUCGGGUCAUCCUAUUCAAAUUGUCUAUGUUCUUUCCCAUUUGCAACAUAUGUUGUUUGAACUUUUUAAAGGAAGGAUCAACAACCUAUUUGAAGAAUAAAACAAAUCUAGCACCACUCUCCUUCCUAUUAAAGUAAUGGCCACUUAAGGAAAUGAAGACCUUACCAUUAAAAUUUCUGACAGAGCCAGUGGCGUCCCUCUCCGUAAAAUUGAUUGACUGUUCAGCUACAUGAAUUCCACAGCUCCUAAUCCAGUAGUACAGAAUGUCCAUACAGCUCCUCUAGCUGGUUUUGGAUAUGGACUCCCUAUUUCUCGCCUCAAUGCUAAGUAUUUUCAAGGGGACCUUAACCUGUACUCUAUGGAAGGACAUGGUACAGAUGCAGUUAUUUAUUUAAAGGCUUUAUCUACAGAUUCAGUGGAGAGAUUGCCUGUCUUCAAUAAGUCUGCUUGGAAACAUUACAAAAGUAGGACUGAAGCAGAUGACUGGUGUAUUCCUAGCAGUGAGCCCAGGAACCUGGCUAAGUUUGAUCAUCACAUUCAAAGGAGUGGAAGGUUCAAGUGA